AUGAUAAGAGGAGAAGAAUCCAAUGGUGCCGUGCAGGAACCUCCCCUUUCGCGGAAACACGGAGCCGCUCUUGCCCAACACUUUGGAACCACUCCAAUUUUGAGAAAUUUGCAAAUCCCAUUCGAUCAUUUGAACUUUGAUGUGCCUAAGAAAAUGAGUUGCAAUGGCUGCAGAAUUCUUCGUAAAGGAUGCAAUGAAAAUUGCAUUCUUAGACAAAGUUUACAGGGCAUAGAGAGCUCACAAGCACAGGCCAAUGCCACUGUUUUUGUUGCUAAGUUUUUUGGCCGUGCUGGUCUCAUGUCCUUUCUAUCUUCUGUCCCCGAGUCUCAAAGACCAGCGUUGUUGCAAUCUUUAUUAUUUGAAGCUUGUGGAAGAACGGUAAAUCCAGUGAACGGAGCAGUGGGAUUACUGUGGACGGGGAACUGGCAGGUUUGCCAGUCGGCAGUGGAGACGGUGCUGAGAGGCGGCGUUUUGCGGCCCUUGCCAGAAUUUUCUCAGUCGCCGGAGUUUGAUGAAGGAUCAGAAGCUAAUAACACUGAUUUAUACAGAUCGCAAGAUCUAAACUUGAGGGUUAAAAGGAAAGGUUUUGAUGAUGACCUGAGUCUUGGUCUGACAGUGGGUUUUCCAAGGAAAAAACGGCUGAGCGAGGAACGGCGGCCGGAUUCUCCGUCUGACGAGUCUGAAAUGACGACGUUGGAGAGUGGUCUUCUGUGUAAUCAAGAGUUGCAACAAAAUCACCAUCGACAGGAAUCAAAGCUUCUGAGACUAUUUUUCUAA